CGGACUACCCUACGCCCAAAAAAUCUAUCAGCAAAGGCGAGAGAAAAAUCAGUCGUAACCCAGGAAACUAUUGUAAUAUCUCAGAGCAAACCACAGAAAAAUUCAAAAACCAUGGAGGUUGACACCGGCUACGAAACGAACGACACCUGCUUAACACUUGGCAGUGGCUUCACCAAAGCCUACUCGAACAAUUUGCCCAGCGUCAGCAGCGAAAUGCUGUGGAAUUACAUCGUCCAACUGAUGCGAACUGCCACGGAAAAUCCAGAUGCCGUAAAGAUUCUACAAUCGCUGGCAGCCAACAAGCCGGAAUUCUUGGAUGAUUCCAUUUGCUACGUUCAGUUAAAACGAGACGAUCGGCAGUGCACUGUAAAGGGUCAAAUCAUAACUGGCACAAGUGGAGAUGAAGGAAAAGCUUACCAGCUGACGGCUGUCAUCGAUGAACACGGGGAUCGGAUCGUUGCAAUCGAAUGUUCCGAAUGCGAUGAAACCAGCAAUUGUCGACACACUAUCAGCUUUAUCAGCUGGUUGCACCGCAAGGGCGAGGCGGACGACUGCAGCGAAGUCGUCUGCCAUUUUCGAGGACCACUCUCAGCAGAAUUGGAAAACAUUCCACCGAAGCCACCGUUGAACAAAACCAAGGCGAAGAAUUUUAUACGGGAAAUUGUUCGCAUUCUACAGACUGAAGACAUCGACUGUCCACUGCGGUGGAACUUCUCAUCUACAAACAAGAAAUUCGCGAAUCUAUCAAUUCACGAAAUGAUAAUGAUGGCAGUCAAAAACAAAUAUGAUACAGCCCAGUUCUUUGAGUAUGCCCACACUAUAAUAACCUCGUCAAAUGCAGUUCUGACGGACAAAACGAAGUUUACGCCAAAGUUCAACCCUUGGUACUUGGAACUGCGUUACGCGCGAAUCACCAGCGCCAAGGUGUCGGAUUGCAUUAAUCUAAACGUCACUCAGGCGGUGCUGUACGAAACCAUCCUCGGUUGCCAUAAGGAGAUCGAUCCGGUAACUCAACGUAAAAAGCUCGCAGUCCGACAGCGGCUUGAAAAGUACACCAAAACCAAGUACGAAAACUGCAAAAUCAUCCUUAAUCCCAACUACCCGAUUAUCUUCGAUGUUCCUGACGGAAUUUGUCAGUCGCACGUGAUCGAAAUCAAAUGUCCUAAAACGCCAGAUCACAUGCAAAAGUACGUUACGGAAAACGGAUCGAUCUGUGAGAAGUACUACAUGGAAAUGCAGAUCCACAUGUACAUGCACGGAAAGACGGCAGGUGUGGUUUGUGUGGCGGAUCCUAACUUCGAGACCAACAACGAAAUCUACAUGCAUUCGUUCAAUUUGAACCGGAACUUUGCCGUCAACAAGUUGAAUAAGGCGAUGGAUUACUGGAAGAACAUUGUGUAUCCGGAACUCUACAACAGUUGGUCGGAAUAAACAAUUUUUUUUGUUGUCUCUUUCCACCAACUGAAGGCUAGUUAGUAGUCAAGAAAAAGUUUUCGGAUUAUUUCUUCAUCUGAAC